GAAAGAGAACAAAAAAUACUUGUGUGCAUUUAAAGCUCGUGCUAAAAUGCCCUCCAUGCAUGAAUUGCUGGCACAUGAUUGGCCUAGAGGCGGAUUACGAGCUUGCCAGUAGAUAUGCUAUCAGUACACACCUGAACAAUGCCUUUUCAAAGGUAUUAGGCUUUACUCACGUUGUUAUGUCUCCAACCGCGCGUCAAUGGCGCCUUCAUACGCCAACUAGAAUCUAUCUUGUUUGAAACACUGCAAAGCAUGGAGCUUCGAAAACGACGUAUCACUGCGCGCUUCGGGGACGAGGUGUCACUGGACGUUGUGCUAAACCUUGCGGAGCGAUGCAGACACAUCAUCCUAUUCACUGGGAGCGGCAUUUCUGCGGCGUCAGGCAUGUCCAUGUUUAGCACCCGCAACGGCCUGUAUGAGCGCGCUCGUAAGAAAUUCAAGGUGCAGGAUGGCAUCAAGCUCUUCACGUACUCCUUCUACCGGCAGCGCCGAGCGGAAGUGCAGGCCUUCUUCGCCCAGAUCUACUCCGAGGCGCAGGCCAGCCGGGCCGCCACCGGACACCACGCCAUGUCGCAGCUGCUGCAGCUGGGGGCGCUGCAGCGGCACUACACGCUAAACAUUGACGGGCUGUCAGAGGUGGUGGGUAUGGACACGUGGCACCACGAGCGCAACCCACAGGGCUCCACGGUGGAGAUGCACGGCAACAUCAGGCAGUUGGUGUGUCCCAGCUGUCAUGCCGUGGAGUCGCUGAGCCGCCACAACAUCAACCUCAUGCGCGCGCAGCAGCCGGUGCCGUGCGGCGCAUGCGGCAAGGACCAACUGAGGUUCAAGGUGAUGUUGUACGACGACGGCGAGGGCGACUGCAUCACCCCGGAGCACGUGUUUGAUGUGCUGGAGGAGGAUCUCAAGGUGUGCGACAUGGUGGUGUGGGCGGGCAUCAGCUUCCAGCAGUCGGCCUCUGUCGAGUACUUCCGGCGCGUACGACACAUGCUGGGCACACUGGGGCGGCUGAAUGCCGUACCGCAGGUGCUCAUCAACCCCAGCGAGGAGCCCUACUUCAAUCUCCUCUCCGCGCUCUCCAACCCCAACGGGCUACAGCUACUGGACGUGCGGGAGACCAGCGACGUGGCCUUUCCCGCCAUGGCGGCUCGCAUACGCGAAGCGGUCAUGCGGGAGAUGGAGGAGGAGGGGCAGCAGGGCGGACGAGAAGGAGGGGGAGGCGCAGAGGCGCGGGGUGACCCACGGGUCGCUGCUGUUGGGGCAGCAGGCGCGGCAGCGGGGGUUCCGGUGGCCGGCUUUGAGGCCGCCGGGGCUGCGGCGUUGCUUGGUGGCACCGGCGGCGGCGGAGGUGCUGCAUGCGCGACUGUUCCGCCGGCCCUGUUGUUAGGGAUGAACGGUAUAGCUGGCAACGGGCACUUACUGCCUCCUCAGCAACAGCAGCACCCGCACCCACACCAAACGGGACCACACCAGCAAGUGUCGCAUGGGGACGAGGAGCUAGGCGGAGCAGCGACAGCAACAGCGGCAUCAGGAGGCCCCCCUGCGCACCCCCAAACAGCAGCUGCGGAGGCGGGGCUGCACCCCACACCGCCACAGCAGCUGGAUUCAGCCACGCCACCUCCCUUACCACCGCUGCCGCCGCAGCAAGAGGGCAACGGCGGCGGUUGCUACCCGUACGCCCAUCUACUGGCUCCGCCGCCGCCGCUGCCCCUCGGCUUGGCCCUGACCACUGCCCCGGUGGGUGCGGCGGCUGCUGCCCCAGCGGAAGCACCUCCCGCAGGAGCGGCUCAAGCGCUCGCAGCGGCUGCAGGUGCUGGUGCUGGUGGUGGUUGCAUGGCCGUAGGUGAAGCCAUGAAGGAGCUGGAAGCCGCUGCGGCGGUGGAGGCGGCCGCGCAGUGGGGCGCGGAGGUGGGGCUGCUGCGGUCUGAAGCAGAUGAAGGACACCUGCCUGCCGAACUACCCACAGGUGGGGGCGCAGCAGGCGGCAGGGAAGAAGCCGGCGCAACUGCCCUGUCGGGUUGCUCCGCCGCCGCUGCAGCCUUUGUUGGAGCCGGCAUGCUGCCGAACGGACUUCAUGGGAAUGGGUUCGGAGCAGCAGCGACUAUGCCGGGUAUGUUACCGGCAGCGGAGGGUGGCAGCAACAUGUACGGCACAGGCGGUUGUGGCGGUUUUCCGGCACUGCCCCUGCCACAGGGUGUGGAGGCGGCGGCAGUGGCGGGGGCCGGGAGCGGUGGUAGCGGUGGUUUGCCGGCGGAGGUGAAGGUGGAGGAUGGUGGAUUUGGGGAGGUGACGGCAGCAGCUGCGGCUGCGGGCAUGGCUGAAGCUGCUGCCAAGAGCAGGUGCUCUAGCGGGGGUGGGCAGGCCGGCUGCAACGGUGUAGGCAAUGGCGCUGGCCUCGACGCCAUCGCUUGUGUUAAGGCGGAAUGGCCGCCGGCGGCGACGGCGGCCAUGGCAGGAAUGGGGGCCAUGGCGGGAGUCAUACCGUCCUCUUUGCAUGUCGCGCCGACAGCCAUGGAUGCUGCUGCUCUUGCCGCCGCUGCGGCUGCUGCUGCGGGGGUAACAGCGGCGGCUUCUCAACAGGUCUCCGGAUUUACCCGCGCCUGCAGCAGCGGUAGCGCCGGCGGCGGCCGCAGCGCUAAGAAGCUCAAGACGGAAGCGGCAGCGGAGGAGCUUAUGGACGAAGACAACGCACCGCUGUUCGUGGAUGACGCGGAUGAUUCAGACUACCGGGAAGGCGCGGACGAGGAUGAGGGGCGCUGCAGACGCACGGGACGCGGGCGGGGCCGUGGCAGGGCUGGCGGCGGGAGGGGCCGCGGCGGCAGGGGGCGAGGCGGCGGAGGCGGCAGGGGCAGGGGAGGUCGGACUGCAGGGUCCACCGGCAACGGCGCGGCUACUGCCGCUGGUGCUGCUGUUGGGGCUGCUGCUCCUGCAGGCCUGAUGGGAGGGGUGGGGCUGCCGGGCCAGAAUCCCUCCCUGGCGUUGCUGAUGGGGCUGGCGGGUGCAGCCGGCGGGAUGGGAGCAGCAGCAGGCGGUGCAGGGGGACUGGCGCAGCUGCUGAGCAACCCGGUAGGACUGCGUUUGGCGCUUGCUGCUGCACUGGCUCAACAGCAGCAACAGCAGCUGCUACAGCAGCAGCAGCAGCAGCCUCCUCAGGCGGCUGUGGUGCAACAACAGCAGCAGCAGCAGCUACAGCAGCUGCAGUUGCUUCAGCAGUUGGCGCAGCUUCAACAACAGCAGCAGCAGCAACAACAGCUGCUGCAAUUGCAGCAGCACCUGCAACAGCAGCAAGCGCCUGCGCUGCAACCACAACCGCAAGCUGCGGCUGCUGCUAUCGCACAGUUGGGCCCCCAACAGCAGCAGCCGGCGGCGGUGGCGGUGUCCGGGGCACCGCAGGGCUGGUUGGAGGCCUUGCAACAGCAGCAACAACAACAACAGCAACUGCAACAGCAGCUGCUAGCAACCACCCAACCGCCCGCACACCCGCAGGCGGCGCCCGCGCCCCAACACAACCACUUGCAACCACCCGAGCAGCCGCAACCUCAGGCAUCGCCGUUGCUGCAAGACCAGGCCAUGCAACAGCAACAGGUGCAGCAGCAGCUGCUUGACUCCCACCCUCAUGUACACCCGCAUUCAUUGCUGCAGCAGCAGCAGCAGCCACACCUCCCGCACCUGACGCCAGACCAUCUGGAUGCAACCGCCGGCGCUUCUGUCGCCUCCUCCUGCGCCGGGUUGCUGCCGCCGCCACAGCAGCAGCAGCAGGAGGAGGAGGAUGGCGUGAUGCUACACGGGGGGCAGCAGCAGGCAGCCAUCAUGCAACACAGCGACCUGGCAGCAGCAGCUCCUUCUUUACUGACGGCGGCGCCGCCUCAACAAGACCAACAACAGCUGCAACAGCAGCAGCCACUGCAGCAGCACCAGCAGCAAGAUCAACACUCCAUGGCGACAUUGGACAACACUCAAGACUUCCUGCAGCAGCUACAGCAGCAGCAACAACACCUCGCAUCCUACUCCGCAGCAGGACUGCAGGAGCAGCCACAGCAAGAGGCCGCCCAUCCUGCCUUGCUCCCACAGCAGCAGCAGCACUCCUCGCCGCCCCACUCUAGCGAGGUGCCAGUGCUUGCUAUACAGCAGCAACAAGAACAGCAGCUGCUGCAGCUGCAGGAUCAAGUGCCGCAGUCGCAACCGCAGCUGCAAGAGCCGCAACAGCAGCUGGAGGCAUUUCAGCUGCAACAACUCCUCUAUCACCAUUUCAUGCAGCAGCAGCAGCAACAACUGCAACAGCAGCAACAACUGCAGCAGCUGCAGCUACCUCAGGAAGUGCCCCAACAGCCAGCCCAACUCUUCCAAAUGCCGGCACAGCAGCAGCUACCGCCCCAGCAGCCCCAGCAGCAGCAGCACUCCCCGCUCCUCCACUACCCCAGCGGCGAGCCGCCGUCCCUCACAAACCCGUCCUUAUCAAACCCCUACGAGCUGCAGCCAUCAGCGCAACAACAAGCGCUUGAAGCCGGCUCCUUCCCGCAACCGAUGCACGGGAUGGGAGGUACGGAGGUCUGUACUGGACAGGCUGCACUUCCGCCGCAGCAGCCGAUGCAGCAGCCGCAUGAGCAGUCAGCGGCUUCGUGAGGCGAGUAAGGGAGGGAGGUAGCCUUGCGAGGAAUGUGAUGAGGACCUGCGGCAGGGGAGCGAGGUACGAGAGCGCAGGGCGAGUGCCCCGGGAGAUUGUAGGGUCCGGAGUGGCUUCUGGGAGAUGAGAUUGGGAAAAGUGGACGUGGAUGGGUAAGCCGUGAGGCGACCAACGGAGAUGUGUAUUGGGGGUUCCUUAUACUUGUGAAUGUUGUGGUUUAGGGUGUUAAGGAUGUUUCUUAGUAGAUGUUUCAUUGCCUAACGAGGGCGAGGAUAGGGUGGAUGGCCCUCCAGCAGCCCCAGGUUCAGUGCGGAAAGAAAGCGGCUGGGGGGCGGUGUGUUUACGGUUGGCAAGGCGUGUGCCAUGCCGUCGCUGUGAUUACCAGCCGGGCGUGCGUAAAGAGAAAAGCAAUGGAGGGGGGCUCACGGUGAGCUGUGACCCAUGGGUCGUUUCGUGGGGCGCUUAGGCCGAAUGGGCGUCUGUUGCGCGCCUAGAAGAGCCUGAGGUGCAUGACGGUUCACUAUGUGUGGGCUUCUUGGAAGGGUGUAUGGUCGGUGGGUUGGGAGCUGCGAUAGAGGACGUGACGGGAGACCGCUCUAUUUUCCAUUAUUAGGGUGACAUUAAUGCACUGACCACUUUGCGCGUGCGAGCUGCGGGGCCUAUAGAACCGUCCUCGGGCCCUAUCGAGUGGCAUGUCCAGGAGGGGACUACGUUUUUACCUGUGGGUUGGUCGGUGCAUGCUUUACUAAUGAACAGCGACUGCGAGCAUACCCAGACGGAAACACGGAAUUUGUUAUCUUGCCUGAACUGGACGCUGCAGAUACCGUAUACGAUAUGGGGUUGCGGAUGGGGACUUGAGUGCUGACCUCUAUGUGGGCAAUACCUGUCCUUGGCCCGUAUGAUGCGACGCACCUCUGGCAUUAACUGGAACACUCAGUCGCCGGCGGGAACUACACAACAAUUGUGCGAUCACGAGAGAUAUGUCCAUUAGGCAAAAUAUAAGCAUUCAGGAUGCCGACCACAUACGGGGUUUGCAGAGGCGUGG